AUGGAGAAGCGUCCCAAACGAAUAAUCGCCAAACCGCGACGGUACCAAACAUCUUCGAACGAAACGGAGCAUUCGAGAAGAAAGACGCAGGAGUCAGAGAACAGCCAUUUAGGAGAUGACAUCGCUGAAUUACAGGGAGUAUUAGAAAGCCAUUUUCCCGAUAUAGAAACGCAUGCUAAUCCUAAUCAUUCAUUCACUUAUGAAACACAACCUUUCAUUGAUAAUUCAAAAAGACAUGCCAAUAAUACACCACACGUCAGUAACACAUCACACGCCAGUAACACACCACACACCAGUAAUACACCACACGUCAAUAACGCACCACACGCCAGUAACACACCACACACCAGUAACGCACCAUACAUCAGUAACACACCACACGCCAGUAACGCACCACACGCCAGUAACGCACCAUACACCAGUAAUACACCACACACCAGUAACGCACCAUACACCAGUAACACAUCAUACACCAGUAACGCACCACACGCCAGUAACACAGCACACUCAUUGACUUACACACAACUAUUACCUUUACAGGCUUCAAACAUCUGCAGGCCAAAUGAAGAUCGCAUGCCAAGCUGUUCAUUAUCAUCACAAAGAGUUCCAGAGAGAUCGCGAGAAUUUUAUAAUAUGAGACCAGAAAUUCAAGCAAUACAUGGAAGAAUUGAUGAAUUAGCUUCAGAACUUCAGUAA